GGACGUUUCAGGUGUCACAGAACAAGCGUCCAACGUUAAAAUGAAGUCGGGAAAGGCUGCCGGAGAAUUCUCUCCUCUUCUGCCAGCCGUCCAAUCUCCGGCCGCGGAAGAUGGCGGCGCAUCGGUGUCCGGCGCGGUAUUCAACCUGUCCACGAGCAUAAUCGGCGCUGGGAUCAUGUCGAUUCCGGCCACACUCAAGGUAUUGGGGGUGGGCCCUGCGAUCGUUCUCAUCUUCGCCGUUGCUUACAUGUGCGACGUAUCGACGGACUUCCUCCUGCGAUUCACGCAGUCUGGUGGGUCGACGACGUACGCUGGCGUCAUGGCGGAGUCGUUCGGGAAACUGGGAUCGUUGGCGUUGCAGAUCUGCAUCAUGGUCACUACCAUGGGCUGUCUGAUCAUUUAUCUUAUCAUAAUAGGAGAUGUGCUUUCUGGGGCCCAAUCGGAGGGAACCGUCCAUUUGGGUGUUUUGCAGGAAUGGUUUGGGGUCCACUGGUGGAAUACUCGGGCUUUUGCACUCCUCAUCGUCGCCCUCUUUGUGAUGCUUCCUCUCCUAUUGCUAAGGCGAGUAGACUCCUUGAGGUUCACUUCCGCAAUAUCAGUACUACUGGCUGUAGUUUUUAUGGUCGUAAGUUCGGCCAUGGCACUCUAUGCACUCUUUCAAGGGACGACGGAAAGCCCGCGAUGGGUACCUGAUUUAUCUGGCCAAGUUUCCUUUUUCGAUCUUUUUACGGCGGUCCCAGUCAUUGUGACGGCAUUCACUUUCCACUUUAACGUUCAUCCGAUACGAUACGAGCUACAUAAACUCUCCGAUAUGACGACUGCUGUUCGAAUCUCACUCAUCCUAUGUGCAAUCAUCUAUGCCGCCGUCGGAUUCUUCGGCUAUCUCCUCUUCGGCGACUCCACAAUGGCCGACAUCCUCACGAAUUUUGACCGGAACUCUGAUUCUGCAACCGGCGCUGUCCUCAACGAUAUCGUCCGACUCAGCUAUGCUCUCCAUCUCAUGUUGGUUUAUCCCCUAAUCAACUUCUCUCUAAGAAUCAAUGUAGAUGGACUCAUCUUUCCCAAAUCUCUAUCGUUGGCUUCCGACGCAACCCGUUUCUUGUUGAUUACUGCGUUUCUAAUCGGAUUCGUCUACAUUGUGGCGAUCGCCUUCCCGAACAUAUGGUCUCUCUUUCAAUUUGUUGGCUCAACAUCGGCUGUUUGCAUCGCAUUCGUCUUCCCCGGCGCAAUUGUUUUAAGAGAUGUACAUGGGAUAUCAACAAGGAGGGAUAGAAUCUUUGCAGCAACAAUGAUAAUUGUAGCUGUAAUUGCAAGCGCUAUUGCAAUUACAACCAACAUCAUCAACUUAAUUACACCCACAACCUAGUAUCCUUUUUCCCAUUUUGCCCUUCUUUAAAGGGCAAUUUGGGAAUUUAAGUUGAGCCUGUUAUUUGGGUAGAGAGGGUAUUUUGUACAUUUAAGUUGCAGCUGGUUUGUUGUGAAGCUGGAAAGAUUUGUAGGUUGGUUGUCCACUUGUUACCCAUUCGAGGUGUAUUUUAAGACAUCCAUAUUGGUGGUGAUUAAAUGGACGGUUGAAAAGAAUAUAUUGUUAGACAUAUAGCAAAAUCCGAUGGUUUGUGCCAUUGGGUAAGUGUAAUCUUUGGGCUGUGCCCCACUCUAUAUUAAUGAAAUUUUAUUCUUGUGUGUC